AUGGCGCGUAUCAGACACCUGGUGCUUUUGUCCCUAACUGCUCUCUCCAUCGCAGCCGAGGAAACCCAGUGGUCGACCGUCCGAGUGAAGGGCGACGGCCGGGGAGAUGGUCACGCCCACGUCAUCGGCGAUGUGGGCACCGCCACAGUAACCGUGUCGCAGGCCUCGCAGGAUGCCGUGCAUGACCGUGUGCAUCAUGUUCACCAUGUCACGUACAGUGACGAUCCUCCAGAGCAUCUACACGAGUACGUGGUGCAUGACCGUGUGCAUCAUGUGCACCAUGUCACGUACAGUGACGAUCCUCCAGAGCAUCGACACGAGUAUGCGACAUAUGCGGACAGGGUUCCGGGCGAAGCCAAGCCGGACUGGUCGCACGUGUACUUGUCACAGCAACACCUUGAUCCCUCGAAGGUCCCAGCCGAGUGGAUGGACGACACCGGCAAGGACACGCAAAUCAUCCACGAUCACCAUAUCAUCUUCGACGAUUUGCCCGCGGUCCAUCAUGUGCAGCACAUCGUCCACCAUCACUACGACCAAGCGCAGGCUCCUGCGCCAAAGUACACGUGCGAUGGGCGAGAAACGCAGUUUGAUGAUUGCCCAGACCAAACAAGGUGUGUCGCCUGCACUCCUGUGGACUGCCUCUUCACUGAGUGGAGCAGGUGGUACGAUGGUGCUGGCUGUAUAGGCCUCCGAUUCCGACACAGAAGCAUCCAGGUGCGGAACAACGAAUGCGGCUUGCCAUGCUAUGGAUCCAAGAUGGAAUCCGAGCUCUUGGCAGAGCCGAAGCCAGAAUGCUUGAAGAAGCAGCAGGACUGCGUGUUUUCCUCGUGGAGCCAGUGGAGCGUCUGCAAGAGCCAAGUGGAUCAGGCGAUACGGGAACGUCACAUCGACCGAGAGCCACUUCACAACGGCGAGCCCUGCAAGGGCAGCAGCAAGGAGACGCGACCCUGUGGUGGUCCAGAGCCGAUGCCCUGCAUCUUGUCGGAUUGGCACGAGUGGACACCUUGCAGUGCGACUUGCGGUGAGGGUCGACACGCCCGCAUGCGGCGGGUGAAAAACGAGGAUUACUUGAGCGGCCAGACCUGCGACGAUGCCUUGAUGGAGACCAAGGAAUGCUCAGUUUCGUCUUGCCCCUCGCAGGACUGCUCCAUUAGCACGUGGUCCGAGUGGUCACCAUGUGGCCGCCAAUCCCUCCAGAAAACGAGGAACCGUGUGGUGCUGGUCAGCCCCGAGGGCUCAGGUAUGGGAUGCAAUGUCUCGCUCAUGGAGGCCGAUGCCUGUGCCCCGCAG